AAACGGGCACUCAGCGCGCCCCCUGGCGGCGUCUCGCGAGACUUCUGGAACAUAAUGUAUUAUUUGCCAGAUUGGAUGUACAGUCGCUCAGACCCGUCCUCAGCCCUCCGCGAACUACAGGUGAAACCUCAGCUGCUGUCUCCUUCCAGCCGCCAGCCGCUUGCCGCCUCCUCCCACCCCCCCAAGCAGUUUAACAGGGAGCUGAGGCUCAGUGGACCUGGAUACAGCCUGUCAACAUGGUGUUAGAUACCCUCGUAUAGACAGCUGGAUGCUACUCGGCUAGCAGUUUUUAGCUGCCUCCGCGGAGGUCAGGGAGCCGGAGCAGGACUCGGAGGGGCCGGAAGGAUGGGUCGCUGCCUCGUGAGCCAAUUAAGCCGUUUAACGCCGGGAAACGGUCGCGUGAAUACAUUUGAAUGAGCACGAGCACACGAGAGGCAAAUGUUAAAGUUUGGAGUUGACGCUUAACUUGCGGUGUGUGCAGUAAACAGGGAGGAUGAGGAGCCGCAGUAACUCCGGGGUGAGGCUGGACGGCUACGCCAGGCUGGUCCAGGAGACCAUCCUGUGCCACCAGAACCCAGUGACAGGUCUUCUACCUGCCAGCAUCCAGAAGAAGGAUGCCUGGGUGAGGGAUAAUGUGUACAGUGUCCUGGCCGUGUGGGGGCUGGGCAUGGCCUACCGCAAGAACGCAGACCGAGAUGAAGACAAGGCCAAGGCCUACGAACUGGAGCAGAGCGUGGUGAAACUUAUGCAGGGGCUGCUGCAGUGCAUGAUGAGACAGGUGGAUAAGGUGGAGAAGUUUAAACACACGCAGAGUACAAAGGAUUGCUUGCAUGCCAAAUACGAUACCUCUACAUGUGGCACGGUGGUCAGGGAUGACGAGUGGGGCCAUCUCCAAGUGGACGCCACCUCCAUUUACCUGCUGAUGCUGGCGCAGAUGACCGCCUCAGGGCUCCGCAUAAUCUCCAACCUAGAUGAGGUAGCCUUCAUCCAAAACUUGGUCUUCUACAUAGAGGCAGCCUAUAAAGUGGCGGAUUAUGGGAUGUGGGAGCGAGGCGAUAAGACCAACCAGGGCAUUCCAGAACUCAACGGCAGUUCAGUGGGAAUGGCCAAGGUACCAGAGCUGCAGAGAUUUGCCUUUGAUAGCACGGCAGCUUUGGAGGCCAUAGAUGAGCUGGACCUGUUUGGUGCUCAUGGAGGGCCGAAGUCAGUCAUCCACGUUUUGCCUGAUGAAGUGGAACACUGUCAGGCCAUCAUGUGCUCGAUGCUGCCAAGGGCCUCAACUUCGAAGGAGAUCGAUGCCGGUCUGCUCUCUGUCAUUUCCUUUCCAGCUUUCGCUGUGGAGGAUGCUGACCUGGUGGCCAUCACUAAGUCAGAAAUCAUAAGCAAACUGCAGGGUCGAUAUGGCUGCUGUCGCUUCAUCAGGGAUGGAUACCAUUGUCCUAAAGAGGACCCGACUCGAUUGCACUACGAUCCCUCCGAGCUCAAACUAUUCGAGAACAUAGAGUGUGAGUGGCCUGUGUUCUGGACUUAUUUCAUCCUGGAUGGCAUCUUUUCCGGAGAUCAAGUGCAGGUGCAAGAAUAUCGUGAGGCACUGGAGGGCGUUUUGAUGAGAGGGAAGAAUGGCAUCAAGAUAAUGCCUGAACUUUACGCUGUGCCGCUUGACAAGAUGGAGGAGGAGUACAGCAAUCCUCACUCAGUGGACAGAGUGGCCAUGGGACAGUUGCCACACAUGUGGGGACAAUCACUCUACAUUUUGGGUUGUCUUCUGGCUGAGGGUUUUUUGGCACCAGGAGAAAUCGAUCCACUCAACAGGAGAUUUUCCACUCACUUCAAGCCAGAUGUUGUAGUCCAAGUUUGCGUUCUUGCAGAGUCCGAAGAGAUCCAGGAGAUGUUAAGAGAUCUUGGGAUUUCGGUACAGACGAUUUCAGAAGUUCUGCCUAUCAGGGUCAUGCCUGCUCGUAUCCUCAGCCACAUCUAUGUCCGACUGGGAAACUGCAAGAAACUGAAACUGAGUGGGAGGCCUUACAGACACAUCGGAGUCCUGGGAACAUCCAAAUUCUACGAGAUCAGAAAUCGCUCUUACAUAUUCACCCCACAGUUUCUGGAUCAGCACCAUUUCUAUUUGGCGCUGGACAACCAGAUGAUUGUUGAGAUGCUACGAACAGAGCUGGCCUAUCUCUCUUCUUGCUGGAGAAUGACGGGACGGCCCACCCUGACGUUUCCCAUCACGCGCAGCAUGCUGGUUGAAGAAGGAGACGCCAUUGAUCCUUGUAUCCUAGCAACACUUAGGAAACUACAAGAUGGCUAUUUUGCAGGAGCGAGAGUGCAGAUGUCAGACCUCUCCAGUGUCCAGACCACUUCGUUUCACACCCGCCUCACCUUCCUGGAUGAAAAGACUGAUGACAAUGCAUUCGAGGAUGAGGACGAGGAAGACAGUGAGGAGUAUGGAGAGGAGUAUAACGCCUGUGGGCUCCUGGAUAAGGGCUCAAAGGACAUGUUUGACCAGUACCUCAUGCAGCUCCUCCAAAGCACCACCACCAAGCGCCAUCUUCCUCCCAUCCAGAGGGGACACCACCACAUUUUCAGUGCCGAACACACCACCAGGGACAUCCUGUCUUUCAUGGCCAAAGUCCAGGGCCUGAAUAUACCCAAGUCCUCCAUGUAUCUCCCUGUGACUCCGGUCAUGAACAAGCACCGUAAGUCUCUCAACCUCCUGGAAGUUCCUCAUCCUCAGCCCGUCUCACUCGCAAAGCAGCCAAAACUCCACAGUAUCUCUGAGCUGCAUCUGCCCAGAGACUCUCAGGGCAAUACGGACUUCGCAGCGCUGGUGCGGCAGCUGAAAGAGUGUCCCACUCUGCAGGACCAGGCUGACAUCCUCUACAUCCUCUACGUCAUGAAGGGAGCGGACUGGGUGGUGGAGUUGUCGGGCCCUGGGCAGGGGGGAGUUAGCGUGCAUUUGCUGUUGGAGGAGCUGUACUCACAAGCUGGGGUCAGCAAAGAAUGGGGUCUAAUACGAUACAUCUCUGGAAUACUGCGCAAACGAGUGGAGGUCCUCUCGGAGGCCUGCACAGAUCUGAUUUCCCACCACAAGCAGCUCACUGUAGGCCUACCUCCUGAACCCAGGGAACAAGUGAUCACAGUUCCACUUCCUCCUGAAGAGUUGAACUCGCUCAUAUAUGAAGCCAGUGGUCAGGACAUCAGUAUAGCUGUUCUCACCCAGGAAAUCAUGGUCUAUCUAGCCAUGUACGUGCGCUCCCAGCCCGCUCUGUUUGGAGACAUGCUCCGACUGAGGAUAGGUCUCAUAAUGCAAGUCAUGGCCACAGAGCUUGCUCGCAGCCUCCACUGUUCUGGUGAGGAGGCAUCUGAGAGUUUAAUGAGCCUGAGUCCCUUUGGUAUGAAGAACCUGCUGCAUCACAUCCUCAGUGGCAAAGAGUUUGGAGUUGAGAAAAGCAUGCGCCCGAUCCAGUCCACAGCCACCAGUCCUGCAAUCUCUAUCCAUGAGCUUGGCCACACAGGAGCCACCAAGACUGAACGCAGUGGAAUACAUAAACUUAAGAGUGAGAUUAAACAGCUGGAUGGCUCCCGGCCCGUCAGUAUCUUCAGUGGCAGUCUGUCCCUGAGCAGCAAUGUCACUUCUCCGCGCUCUACGCGAUGCAGCAGCCCCUCCACACCCAGCGGAAUCCUGUCCCCAGUGGGACACUAUUCUGGAGACGGACAGCUACACUGGGAGGAGAGACAAGGCCAGUGGCUCAGGAGACGCAGGCUGGACGGGGCUAUCAACAGAGUCCCCAUGGGCUUCUACCAGAAAGUGUGGAAGAUCCUACAGAAGUGCCACGGCCUGUCCAUCGACGGAUACGUGCUGCCCUCCUCCACCACAAGAGAGAUGACAGCGGGGGAGAUCAAGUUCGCCGUGCAGGUGGAGUCCGUUCUGAACCACGUGCCUCAGCCUGAGUACCGGCAGCUGCUGGUGGAGACGGUGAUGGUUCUGGGCAUGGUGGCGGACAUCGACGUGGACAACAUUGGCGGGAUCAUCCAUGUGGAUCGCAUUUUGCAUCUGGCCAACGACCUUUUCCUCAAUGACCAGAAUUCGCUCAAUGCCGGUGAUUACUUUCUUGAGAAGGACCCAGCGACGGGGAUUUGCAACUUUUUCUACGACAGCGCCCCAAGCGGCAGCUUCGGCACCAUGACCUAUCUCUCCAAAGCAGCUAUCACAUACGUCCGAGACUUCCUGCCAAGUUCCAGCUGUCUGAUGCAGUGAAAAAGAGAGAUGUUUCUCCCUGCCAGCGUCGGACACGAAGCAUUUAAAGUAACAUGUUUUACAACUGAAAGCAUCCAAAAGUAUGCUGUGCUUUACAGGUUCAGUUCAUUUUGUCAUCAUGAGUCUGCUUUGUGGGUCAUGUUGCUGCAAUACAAUAAGACUUUAAAUACAUAUGUGUACUUGAAUGAUAUGUCCUUAACAGCUUUUUGGCUUAUAAUUUAUUUCCAAUCAUGAUGCAUUACCCAUUAGUUAUCAGCUUGAAUAUGUGAAUAAUUACUGUGCACAAAUAACUAAUUAUUUCUUUAAAAAAAUGUAUUUUCUUGCAAUAUUAUCUGCUGUUUAAGCUGUACUUUAAACUUAUGAUUUAUUGUUCUAGUAUAAAGGCUGUACUAAAUAGUGACAAAAAAAAGAUAUACGAAAUAUAGAGUAUUUAAAAAACUUGUGGUCCCUUUAAAUGUCAAUGUUCUGUCAAUGUUAAACAACUCUAAUAGUAACCAACAGAAACCAGAGAUAACCUGAAUCCUGAGAUGUUUUUGUCGUCAUGUGUAUGUAUUGUGUGCCUUGUCUAAAUUUGAAUGCUACUACUAAUUAUGGAACUGACAUGUCCAGUAAUCAUUACCUCAUCAUACUAAGGGUUUGUUCAUUUUCUUAAAUAAUUUGUAACGUGUAACCGUGUAUUUAUGUCAUGCCAGAGCCCAAUGCUGGAGUACACUGUGCCCUUCAAUGGGACCGAUUGCUAAUAGUUGAACAUUAUUGAAACAUUUCUAAUAACCUGACAUGCUUUCCAUUAAAUAAAUACAAUGA